UACCACCAUCGAGAGAUUUUACCGAAGAAGAGAGAAACGUUUAGCCACCGAAUAAUAGUUUCCCCCUUCCAUUUUAUUAUUUUAUUUACAUCGACAGUAUUUUUAGCACACGGUGGCAUUUCCCGGUAAAGAUGAAUGAGGAUAUUUUGACCACUCUGAAAAUACUGAUCAUUGGAGAAAGCGGAGUGGGCAAAUCCAGUCUUCUUUUGAGAUUUACAGAUGAUACAUUUGAUCCAGAAAUUGGUGCAACAAUUGGUGUUGAUUUCAAGGUGAAAACCCUGGCUGUGGAUGGAAACAGAGCAAAGCUCGCAAUCUGGGACACAGCAGGUCAGGAACGUUUUCGAACUUUAACACCCAGUUACUACAGAGGAGCUCAGGGUGUCAUUCUGGUAUAUGAUGUCACUAGGCGAGAGACUUUUGCUAAACUGGAUAAUUGGUUGAAUGAGCUGGACACGUACUGUACAAGAAAUGACCUUGUCAAGAUGCUUGUGGGAAACAAAAUCGAUAAGGAAGACCGUGAGCUAGAGCGAGACGAGGGUCUGAAGUUCGCUAGAAAACAUUCAAUGCUUUUCAUAGAGGCUAGUGCUAAGACGAGGGAUGGUGUUCAAUGUGCAUUUGAGGAGCUGGUGGAGAAAAUCCUGCAGACUCCUGGCUUGUGGGAGAGCGUGCACAAGACAAGAGGAGUUGCCCUGUCUGAACUCUCUCAAACUGGUCAAGGAGGCUGUGGGGCAUAUUGCUCACUUCUCUAACCCACAAACUGGUGUUUAAACAGUGCAGGUUAGAUUAGUUAAUUCAUACACCUACACAGGAUACAUACACCUCUCUGGUCUAUGUACCUAUGCAAGUACACAAGCAAAGCUGCCAUAAGAGCACAGUCAUAUCACAUGCUUAAAGCAUUGAUCAUUUAACAGAGCUGACACAUAAAAGGAGGACACAUACCUUUGGCCUUUUUUCCCCUUUUUUUUUUUUAGGGAUGAAAUUAAUUUAAAGAACUCUAUUGACGGCAUGCUCAUCGUUUGUAUUCAGGAGGGGGAUAAAAAAAAAAAAAAAGCUUGAUUACUCCAUUAUACCUCAGAUCAGUUUGCUAUUUGGUUUGUAUAUUUCUCGUAAUGUUUUACUUUGUUUUGUCCCAGUGCCUGUGUUUCUUAUUUAGUGAGAGGUAAACACUCAUCAGUCUAACUCGACCUUUCAAACUGCUGGAAUGAGACCUCAGUAGAACACAGAUUUCCAUCAUCAUGCCCUCGCUUGAUGUCUGCAACGUGCGGAACACAAUUCUGUCUUUAUCUGUCCAUCUUUGGAUUCCACUUUUUCCUAUACUGUCAGUCACAAUUUAUCUGUCUUCAAUUCAGUUCUAUCAGUUUUGUCUCGGUUUCUCCACAUCCCUCAGUCUCUACAGAAUAAUAGAGCUACCAUGGUUUUGGAUCUGUGUUUUACUACUUUUAUUGACUUGGACCGCCCACUUAAAAACAUGUUUUUGAAGGGUUUAUAAAUCAAAAGAUUGGCACAAUGAAUCACUAUUUUACACAUAAAAAGAGGGUCAAAAAUAACUAGAAUAGAGAAGAAUCGAUGGAAAAGGUUCAUUUCUUUCUGUUCGCCUGCAUGGGCUCAUGGACAGUGUAACACUUACUGUCCUGACAUGUCUGUCCAUCUCAGAGAAAGGAAAAAAUGUUUAAAAAUCCUUUGAGUGAGUCAUUAGGGUGUGACUAUAGAUGACGGGUUUUUACACACACAGAAAUGGAACAAAAGAACAAAUUUAGAAAUAAUAAAUGUUCCCCCAAAAAAUGUAUGACACUUAAUAGAGAUGCCAAAUGAAUAUUUCCAUUCUCCUGAUUUAAUCUGGACUAUUCGAUCUGGACUAUUUAGUCUGUUCUGUUUGUUUUAGAGAAACAUCCAGGGGGUCCCAGAUGUCUAGUCUUGUAUUCUUUGCUUAAAAGCUGGGUGGUAAAGUCCUUAGUUUCAGAAAGUGUGUGGCACAUGUGGAAGGAAACGCUGGGCUUGUAUGUACACUCACAGAGAAUUUCUCAUUUUGAGCAUUUAUGCAUUCCUUUUCACUUGUUUUGAAAACGAGAUUAUUAGAAGAUUUGUAUAUGUAUAUAGUUUUCAGUUGCAUGCAAUGAUGUCUCCUGUGCGUUUUAGGUCAAUUAUAUUUAAUUGUGUAUUUUUUUAACCAUUCACUACAUAUCAAAAUCAUAUCAUAUGAGUUAAUCGGCAUUGGUUUGAGGACUUUAAUUUUGAAUUCUUUAAAUAAUCACGUUUCUGUUUUAUAGGUAUUUGUAUGUAAGUUAUUGCUAUUCCGCACUAAUUCCAAAAACUAUAAAACAAGAAUGCAUUUACGCAAUAUUGCAUACUGUUAUUGCACAUUAAUUGCUGUAUGUAAAUAUUUGCUAAUAAUGCUCAUAAAUACAUUGUAUAAUCUUCA